GAACGCCACUGAGAUGCCGCCAUUCGAACUCAUCAUAACAAGAAGGUGACUCGUGGUGGAUAUGUCUCAGUAUUUAUCAGAGCUGAGAUGCGUCAUCCUCCGUGGACAUGAGGUGCGGAGCUACAGGAAAGAAAACGGCCCGAACUUUGCUUCAUCUGCCCUCCUGACAUUUACGAACAUUCUAGCCACUCUCCAUGCCCAACAACUGUUUUGAUCAGCUGUCGUGGACUGCUGAAGUGCCUUUCGUCUGGUAGAUCUUAGACUGCUGCUACUGUGGGUGGGAGAGUUCUGGACUUGGACUGUGCGUAGCCUUGGUCUGCAAUUUGGUGUUGUGCGUUCAGCUGACUUUGAGUAUGAGUACUGCAAUGAAUGUUUUCUUCUGCAUUCUAGGGACCAAGAGUCUCUUGCUUGUAAAUCAGGGUCAUUUACUGGCUUUGUUAACCACUGACUUGAUUGCACACCGUUGUGCGUUAGGUCUUGAUGGCUGGCCUGAUGUUUGCAUUGUUCCGCAGAACCCAGAUUACCAACCUCCGGUAGUGUAGAGUAGGUUAGACUAGAGAAGCUGUGCGGGGUUGACGGUUUUUCGGGUGCUGUAGACAUGCUCACGUCUCCGGUCCGGAGGCCUGUCCAGAUAGACUGACUGGCUGUUACGGUACAUUCCGGUCUGUGGCUCCUUCGGCUCCCUCGCGUUGCCAGGGCAAUAGGGUCAGUGGAAUGCCUUGCUGCGCAGGCUGGACUUCAAUGUCGUACUGGAGUAUGGAGGGAGGUAUUCACUGCAGUGCUUGUCCGGACUCAGCGGGAGGCAAGGCACCCGGUUUCAGACUGGGGCGGUGUGUGGUUCGGCUCCUUGGCUCCACUGCCAGCAGUGGUAGUGGUGCAGGAACUGUUGGGCGAAGGGUGUUUCGGCCGUCUGCGGUGUCUGGUCAGGGCAGUUGCAAGGACAUCGAGACCGGCUGGAUGAUUCCUGUCGGGAGAGGAGCGGGGGCAGUGCCGUCAUUGCGCACGCCAGGCCUCAGAGGACCCACUGGACAGAGGAUUGGACUGUGGAUUCCAAGGAAGGCACUCAAGGACCCAGUGGACACAAGGACUGUGGAUUCCAAGGAAGGCUCUCAAGGACCCAGUGGACACAAGGACUGUGGAUACCAAGGAAGGCUCUCAAGGACCCAGUGGACAGAAGGGCAUCCAAGGAGACCCAGGGGAGAGGUCGAAACUGUGGAUUCCAAGGAAGGCACUCAAGGACCCAGUGGACAGAAGAGGGCAUCCAAGGAGAGCAAAGGAAGGCACUCAAGGACCCAGUGGACAGAAGUGUCCGAGCUCUCCGAUCCGCUGAUGCUAAGCUGUUAAGGAUCUUCACAUCAGAGACACUACCUCCAUCAGCUCCUUCAAGAGACCCCACACACAGUGUCCUGAUCUACAAAAUUUGAUUGUCAUUUUGAUAUUUCAUUGCUUCCACUUUGUCCAUAUACCUUAUGCCUUUAUUUGUCUUCUUUUUAAUCAACCAUAUUGUAUAUAUUUUCAGCUAUAAUCUGUUUGUAACCAGCCCUGGCAGGGGGCUCCCCUAGGUGGCCGUUGGUCUAUACUGGCCGUUGGUCUCUGCCUGAGGUUUCUUCCUGGGGUUUUUUUCCAGAGAUUUUUCCCCCAAUAACAGGGAGUUUUUCCUCACCCUUGCUGCCACCAGGGGCGCGUGUGCGUGUGUGCUUGCGUGCGUCCUUGCAUGCGUGCGUCCGUGCAUGUGAGACUUAUUUGUGCGCGACUGGUGUGUGCACGUCACGUGUAUGGGGCGUGUGUGCGCGACACUUGUGUGCGCGACGAGUGAGGCGCGUAUGUGCUCGACGCGUAUUUGAGAGACGGUUGUGUGCGCGACGCGUGUGAGGCGCGUUUGUGCACGGUGCAUUUAAGGGCCAUGUGUCUGCGCCGCGUGUGAGACACGUGUGUGUGCGCGACACAUGAGACGCGUGUGUGCGCGACGCGUGUAUGACACGCGUAUGUGCUCGACGUGGGUUUGAGAGACGCGUGUUAGGAGAGACGGUUGUGUGUGCGCGACGGGUGUGUGCACGACACGUGUAAGGGGCGUGUGUGCGCGACGCUUGUGUGCGCGACGAGUGAGACGCGUAUGUGCUCGACGCGUAUUUGAGAGACGGUUGUGUGCGCGACGCGUGUGAGGCGCGUUUGUGCACGGUGCAUGUAAGGGCCAUGUGUCUGCGCCGCGUGUGAGACACGUGUGUGUGCGCGACACAUGAGACGCGUGUGUGCGCAACGCGUGUAUGACACGCGCAUGUGCUCGACGUGGGUUUGAGAGACGCGUGUAUGAAACACGUAUAUGCUCGACGCAGGUUUGAGAGAGACGCACGUGUGCGCGCAUGUGAGACACGUGAGAGCUUUUGGGUGCAUUUUGGGUUUACAUAACAUGUGUUUGUAUCUUAUUUAACUUAUUUUUAUUACAUUUGUUUCACACCAUGUGUUUUGUAUCCUAUUUUUAUUACGUUUGUUUCACCAACUGUAUUCUGUGCCAUGAUAUUAAGUUGACUUUCACUUUGUAUACAAAUCAUCUGAUCUGUACAACAAUUAAAAAAAAUAAUGCACCCAU